UCGAGUGAGUGUGCACGCCCUCUGUCUACACCGCGGUAGACGUUCCGGGACCGUCUUGUGUACGUUGCACGGGGGUUUCGUGAAUUCCGCCAGAUCUCGAUCGCCGGCUGGCCAACGACUGUCGCGAGUGUCGUCGCGAACGACGCGUUCAGUGAAAAAACGCCUUUCCGUGCGAAUCGUCUCGGUGAACAGUCUGCGUGAAGCGCGCAUCCUGUCCGUCGAUAACGAUAUAUGCGCGUUAUGGUCAACGGUUGUGUCCAGACGCUGUCUUCUCGCACGGCGGAAGCGAGCGAGGCGAAGUGACGGAUACGUGAUGCAGUUUGACGAUCGAGCGGCGACGGAUCGUGCGAUUUCGUGAGUUGCCCUGCGACUUACGCGGUGUGAACCGAACGGAAUCCGACGGCUUCGCGGAUCACUCCGAGGGUAUGGCGUGUCGUGACUCGAGCCGGUGCGAUCGAGCUUGAGCGCAACGGCCGGGAUGGUUGAUUUGAGUUCGAUGACUGACUCGCGAGUGACUCGUCGUUGAAUGGAAGUGUCUUGAUCGUGAGUCGAUGACCGAGUGCGUGUGGUGUGACGUAUCAGUGCGAGAUUCGUUAACGUACGACGGCGGUGUGGCGUUGUUCGGUGACAGGUUGACUGAUUAGUGCGACGAUGAUCUUACUUGGUGCUGUGAGCGGCGACAGGAUCGUCAUGAUCGCGUUGGCGGUGUCGUUGCUGCUUCUUCGCGCUCAUCGGGCGGCGGGCGACAAUUUGGCCCUGUUGUCAGGCACCCUGAAGACCUAUCAGCGCGCGGCCUGCGACGAGGAAACGAUGACAUUGAAAUGCCCACCCGGUACGACCAUCUCUGUGGAGCACGCUCAAUAUGGAAGAGCGGGAACGUACGGCAUCAGCAAAUGCAACUCGUCCGUACCUCCGAUGAUCACGGGGGACAUAUCGACGAAUCACACAUGCAUCUCGCCGCAAUCACUGCAGCACUCACUGUUGCAGACGGUGGUCGAGGUCUGUCAGAAGAAGCGGCAGUGCAAGUUCAACACCAGCCCGAAUACCUUCCAGGGCGACCCUUGCCCUGGGCUACGGAAAUACAUCGAGGUUGCCUACAAAUGCCGUCCCUAUGAGUUCAGGAGUAAGGUGGCCUGCGAGAAUGACGUUAUCAAUCUCGUUUGUCACCCCGGCCAGAGGGUGGCGAUUUUCAGCGCGUCCUUCGGCAGAACGGAGUACGAGUCCUUGCAGUGUCCGCAGCCGCGUGGCGUGAAGGAGGAGACUUGCAUGAUAAAUUUCGCAACGGAAACCGUAAUGCAUUUAUGCCACGGUAAACGACGGUGCUCGGUGGUGGCGAACAGUACAACGUUUGGCGAGCCCUGCAGACCGGACAGCAGGACCUAUCUCAAAGUCGUGUACACUUGCGUUCCGAGAUCGGUGUUGCGCGAGCAAUACGAGGGCGAGAUCGAGGCGGACGAGAUCGAGCAGAUGCACGAGUUCGAGGAAGGUUUCGACAGAACGGACUUCAGGGCGGAAUUCAGUCCAAGUCCAAACCUCGAAGGACCGCAGCCGCAGCCCCGAGAUAAUGUCUCCAGAAAUUUUCCGACUGUUAGCUCGUCCCCGCCUCGUGCGCGCACCAACAACGACGUGGACACGCGGUUGAACAUGUUAAAGUCGCUCGGUAUCGGAGCGAAAGAUUUACCCUUACCGCCUUUACCGCCCACGGUUAUCCAGGAGAUCACGAUGGCGAGCGACAACGGGGUUGGUAAUGCCACAUCGACGAGCCCCGUCGCAUCGGGAAAUUGCACCACCGUCGUCUAUGCGUUUCCCAAGGAGGAGGAGGAGGAUCGCUUAGUGGUGGGAUACCUGAAUGAGUGGAUCAAUGCCUAUUCCUUCAUAACGAAGAACCAGGAGAAAUUCUACCUCUACAUUAUUCUAUCGGUCACCGGCGGUAUCCUGGUCUUUCUGGCGUUAGUGAUCGGCCGCCUGUUAGUCAGCCGACGCCGCGCCAAGAGAGACGCAAAGUUCCACGCGAAUAAUGAGGCCCUACCGAACGGCUUCACCGACGAUAUUUCCGAGAUCGAUGCCGACAUCGAUCUUACGACAGCGGUACCGGUGCCAAUGCAGGACGCAAGGUUGCCUGAAACUCAGCUGGCCGAGAGGCUCCACGGCGAGCGUUAUUAUGUCGACACGAGGAUACCCCUGUCUCCGACCACGAUCCAUGCCACCCCAGUGCAUCACUCGACCAACGUGGGGGUGCGCGACCUCGGUAACCACAUGGUCGCCACGGACAAUCUUCACACGAUCCUCCGCACGGAGAACCCUCGAAGCCUGAACAACAAAAGCUACUACUACGGCUGACAGGAGGAAGGGGUUGUCCCGCGCGAGGGACGACCCCCGUCCUUGAGCCCGGUGCCAGAAGUGAGCACGCGGAAGUAUUGCUUCUAAUCGGCGAGAGAGGACGCGCGUACGUAGAAGGGGGACAUGGCAGACUGAGGCGCGUAUUCGUCGCACCAAGCCGCUGUAAAUUACGUUGAAUCACUCCAACGAGUUUGUCAUACGUUGCGCCGAAUUGUGUGUGUGUAUGUGUGUGUCGCACUGUUAACAACGCGACCCCACGGACUUGUCAGACUGAUCGCAGACCCAGCGAUGUGGUAUCUCACGUCUGCUGACGUCUGUUGAAAGAACAGACCGGACUCGUGAACUGAGCGUAUCUUCGGAAAUGUGUUGUCCAUUUCGCGAAGAUCCGCGGAAAUCCCCGAUCAGGAUUAUAGAAUUCUCCGUUGUCAGCAGGAACGACGAUAGAGGAAACGAAGAGGAGGGAAGUGGGCGACUUAUAUAGGAUCGUGACGGACGAUGGCAUCGCCUCGUUCGCGUGGUCGUCAUCGGAGACCACUACGACGAGAGUCAACAGAGAAUCGAGCUGUGAAUGUGUGUAACGAAGCUCAAGCGCCGAGUGCUUUGUUUGAAUAGGACUGGAAAUAGCUUUAGGGACAAGCGUUUACGUUAAACUAUGCGUUCAAGCGUCCAUAGCGAUUUGAUGGAAGGGACAAACCGUAUUACGCGAUCCGGCGCGCGACAGGAUCCUCUGGGUCGGAUAUUGACUGAGAAAUAUCUACCGGAUGAGAAUCGAUGACGGAGGAAUGCCGAGUAGGUGUAGCCGUGUAUUGCGUGUGACGUUCACUUUCUUGGGCAGUCGGCCGAGUAAAAUCGAAGGAUUAGGGGUUCUGUUGUCUCAUAGAUUAACCACAUAUCCCGAGGAAACUGCGUUAUCGACCACAUAACGCCUGUCGGCCGUGCUCACUCAUCGUGCAUGUACCUUGCACUCGCUGUACACUCGACUGUAUAUCCCCGGCGAAACCUCACCGAGCAAAGCGGGUUCCCUGGAGCGUAUCGAUCACGUUUCGCCGGUAACAUUUUUACCGACAGACCUGUGGGACGACGCUUUAACUUACGACAGAUCCCUGUCCGAACUGUACCAUCCGCCAGCCAUCGGGCGAGACCUCGGCAGGUGACGUCCCGAGAACGUCAGCGAUACGGGGGGAGCAGCUUGAGAAAAUCAUCGAUCCAUUCGCGAGAAAUAUUUCGCACGGGAUUUCCCUUUUCCGCCGAUACUGACCGCAACUCCAGCUGACCAAUCUUCUUCGAAGCUUGUCGCGUUACGUGACCGUGUUAGAAUCGUAUUAACCGACGUUCCUUCAGCAUUAAUCGUCGCUCGUGCGACUGACCGACCGCGAUCGUCAGUCGUCGAACAAGGAGCGGCCGAACGCCCGCGGGGCGUGAGGAAAAAAUCUCUCAACGAACUUACAGCGGUUUUGUAUAUCGAAGCUACGCUGCCACAGUCGCGAGACGAUUUUUAUAGAAAUUGACAUGUAUGUAUAUCACUGCUGUAAAUAGGAACGUGUAAUUUAAUAUACAGAUAAAUAAGUGAGAAAGAGGAAGAAAUGUGUAAGGGAGAGAGUGUAUGUGUGAGUGUGUGUGCGCUUAAGUUUGCGUGUAUGCGUGGUGAAAAUGUGCAUAAUAAAAAGACUCAAUCGAAACUGUGUCGAAAAUCGUAGAGCUGAGGGUCGCCCUUCGUGCCAUACAAUCGAUUUUGCAAAUGUGCGGGAAAGCGGGAGAGCGCGCGCCUGUCGGGCUAGCCGAGGCUCUCCCUCGUGAACGAUCGCAAGUGUUAGUACGUAAUAAUCAGAGCUCGGAUCCUCCUUCCAAGGCAUCAAACGAGUGCGGACCGCACCGGUGAUGCGCGAUCCUGCUCGUCGUGUGUUCUCCUUCCCAGUCAGUCAUUGAUCCGCGGAGCUUGUACAGGAUUGAGCGUAGUAAUGCUGGGACGACAACAAUGCCGCUCAGUGAGGUCAGAACGUCACGAAGUAGCCGAGCAAUACUGACGUCUUGACGCGGACUGAUGAUCUGAUGGCUGAUUUCGAUCGCAUUUCGGGGAUUUUAGGGGAAAACGUAGAUUUCCGAGUAGAGAAGCUCAACGUAUUUCUGUAUGAAAGUGGAACUUUCAUUUGUACUUACAUUACACGGGAUUCGCUUACGUCUUACGUCUUCGGGAUAUUCUGACUCUACUGACAAGCAUUCAAUACUCAGCUGGUUGACGACCGAGAACGAAUCAGGACCCACUCAACGCGAGAAGAGAGCGCGACAGAUUGCGCGUCACCACCGUUGGCUCUGCGCUCGUGGUGUAUCCUUUGUCUCUCGCGAGAGCCAUUGAUGUGUAAUUUCGCUCAACUGCCCGUAGUGUACAAGAAAUCCGAGCAUUAGCAAGCCCCGUUCUCGUUGUUUGUUUGUACGUCGUUCGACGAGUCGUAAUCUCCCCCGAACUCUCGCCGUGUCGUUAUGACGGAUCGAUCUCGCGCGGAGCACCCGGCGACGUGGAGUCGCAUUUUCGACACAUCAGCGUGGCCGUUAACGUAAUGACGUUCCCGCCGCGACCGUUAUCUUUAAGAGUUAAGUCAUCAGUUAGGUAAUGCCUCGAGGUCCUUCGUACGAACAUCGUCAAUGUCGUCAUGUCCUCGAUCUUACGUGAGGUCGCGAUCGUCAAGGAUACACGCGUCGUUCUUACGGAUUGAUCUCCCGUGACUGUUCGCCGACACAAAGGCCCUUAUUCUGAGCUCUCUUUUAUCGUUAAAAUUGGCUACAAAAGUGACCCACGUACCUUCUGGUCGGCUUCUAUAAGCACAUUUGGAAGCACUUUUAUCGAUAAGAGAGAAAGAGUUCACAAUAAGGGCCAUGGAAAACAGGAAGAAGAGGACUUACUGACGUAACACACACUUUUGUGAGAGAAUACAUACAUGUUAAGAAUAUUUUUUAUGAACAUUCCUUUUUUACACGCCAUACACACUUGUGUACAUUUUCGCGCGACAGCCACCGACAAUUUUGAUACAAUACCGUAUUUUAUCUUUGUCAUCUACGGAACGAAAAUUAGAACUUUUCACGAAGAGGACGAUCCGUCAGAUUAAUCGACGCACGUAUCCUUUCAUCCUUCGAUAUGGAUUUCUCGUUGAUAACUUCUCAUUCUUCUCAUAUGUCCUUUCCUAAAUCUCCUCGUGCGAAUGGAAACGACAAGCGGCUCGAUUACUUUGAAGAGCAACUUCCACUUUCAGACGAAUUAUUCUAUUUUAUAAAACAGAACUUUUACAACACUGGUAGAUAUUUAAUGCAGUUUUCGAACAGUUACUGGACAGUUACGUCAACUUUCAUCUAGCAACUGAAGAGUGAAACUACUUAGCAUCCCAAUGAAAAUGUAACGCUUUUCCUGCAUUGCAAAAAUGCACAAAAUAUAAGCUCAUUUACCGAACAAAAACAGGACAGUAAAUGGAUAAAAAACUAUUCAAUUGAUUAAUAGUCAAGUCUGCUGCUCAUAAAAUCCGCAGAUUUGCUUUUGUAUUUUAUUUUCUGUGCACGCUUUCUAAUUGAACAAUUUUAAUACUAAUGAGGACUGUAAUGCAGGAAAUCUUCGGGACGUAAUAUAUGUUUUCAUGUUUUUAACAAGCAUCAAAUGACAUUUGUCUUUUUAUCCAUUCUUAUAGUUGUACUAUUUUAUUAGAUUCUGAGUCUGAGUUAUCAUAACAAUUUUGAUUUAUAUCAUUACCAUCAAGAUAGUCUGACGUGUUCUCAUCAUGAUGAAAUCAUUAACAUAAGAUCUAUACCAUUAACAUAGGAAAUAAAUUUCCCAGUAAUUGAACAUGUCAAUCAAAAUAUUAGUAAUAUGAUAAUACUAGUGAUCGAAAUAUUAAUAAUAUAUUUACAUUGAAUCUUACUAAAAAAGCCUUUGAUAAUUUGUCAAGAGAUGUUUUUUAUGCUAAUUUGUAAUGUUAUUCAAUGAGCAUUCAAUCAGUGAGUCUGUUCAAUCAUUGAUUCGAUCAUUAAUUAGGACAUGAUUCGUUUUUCAGUUAAAUUAUCAGUAUAAACGACAUUAUCUAAUAUAUCUUAUUAAAAUUAUAAUUGAUAUAUCUUAAAUAUUGUAUUUCCUGUUAUUUCUCGAUCAUUGACCAGCCAAAGCUUUAUAUGAACACGCGCAUCAGUUUUUUGUUGGUAAUUCCAUCAAUUACCUAUUAAUAAAAAUGUAAAAAUAAUCGUGUUUUCUUAUUGGUUUCGCAAAUUUAUCUUACCCCAUUUAUUUUUUGCUCUCUUUUAUUUUUAACCUUAGUUAUUAUUUGUGUCACAUGGUUUAAUAUUGUCAAAUUAUUUCCUUCAAUUUUCUUUUUUCUUAUUCGACGCUGCUCUACACGUUCAUCAUUGUUCUCACAAUAUUUUAAGAUUUUUUUUAAUAAUAUAUAAUUUUACAUGACAUCUUUUGUAACCAUCAAAUGAAAUAUGUCCAUUCUUGCGGUUGUACUAUUUCUGAGUCUGAACUAUCAUGACAGUUUUCAUUUAUGUCAUUAUCAUCAGAAUAAUCUAAUGUUAUAAUCAUCGCAAUAAAAUUCUGUAUUAUAAACAUAUACUCUGUUUGUGUUUUGCUUGUUUUUAUAUCUCGCCUUGAUUGCCAUUUGUGUUACAGAGCUUAAUAUUGUCAAACAUCUUGUUUCCUGUUUCUUACUCUACACGUUUACUUCUCAUCGCUCGUACAAUAUUGAGUUUUUUUCUAACAAUAUAAAUAAAUAUGUCUUAAAUUUAUUCAGGACAGGCAUUAUAAUACGUACCGAUUGUAAAACUGAAUUAACAUUAUUACGUCUUAUAAAGACUGCAUAUAUUGCACAGUAAGCUGCUUCAGUCGCUGAACAAAACUCUGUCAAGUUCUUGUCGCAGUAUUUUCACGAGAGAUAAUGAGAAUACAUUAAUAUCAAACAACUGGGCGGAUAUCUACGCGAUACAAACUGCAUACAUUUCUACCAGGAAAUCGAUAUUAUCUUUUCGAUCUCUACGUCCGGAUUGUCACGAUCACCUUUGCUCGAAGUGGAGAGGGAAGACUCGCCGUAAUUCCGAGGAAAUUUAUCUAUUAGUCUCAAUAAUACACAUUAAGACGUUUCAUUUCCUUCAGUCAGCGCACAUCGUGGAGAAACAACGUUGAAAUAAAGACCGUUAUCGAAAUCAGCGAUAUCGCGGGGAACGAUCGAUCGAAGGGUAACUCAAUUUCCGCAAUUCCGCGACUCGAACCGCCACGGCGUAACCGGACGUGUAAUCGACUGCCGACAGAAAAUAUAAUUCCCGCGGGCUAUCGUGUCUCCACCGCUUCUCCCGUACGGCGGGAUCCAAAAACUUCGAAACGAGCUCUCUUUCUCUCUUUCUCUCUCUCUCUCCCUCUCCCUCUCCCUCUCUCUCUCCUUCUCGCGCUCAAGACACUGUUAUGCAAUCCUCACGGACGCGCGUGCUUUUUUUAAUUAGUCUGCAUUAAUUAACGCGCGCUUACGUGUCGCAAGCUGUAGAGACGCCGCCGCUCGGAAGGAAAUCCCCUCGUCAGGGAGGGCGGUUCUUCUUCGUUAUUAUUCUUCCACUUUUCACAAUGGUCGCCUCGCAAAUCUCCCAGUUCCCUUUGUGGGAAAAAGCCUCGCGGAAUUUCAGCGACCAGCGCCGACGUGUUUGUGCAGAUCGCCCCGUGUAGCAUUUAUGUAUCUCGAGUCCGGACAAACUCGGCGCGCAUUCACCACUUUCGCUUUUGUCUAACGUAACCGUUAUUACUGCACCGCUCUUGCUAUCGCCUUUAUUUCCGUCGCCCUCUUAUUUUUAUCCUUUUCCGAGAUGCGCCAAUAAUAUCCACGCCUCGUACGAAAUUCCACGGCGCUCCCUAAUAAUGAAUAUCGUCUCCCGAAAUACACACACACGUCGCGUCAAUAAAACAUCGCGCGUAUCUCAUGGGCAAUCGCCGAUAAACGUUGUUUCAAGCGGCGCGCAGUGUGAAAAAAAUAUGUCGAUCUGGAGGGAGAUAAUUCAAUUUUACUAUAUUCUACUAUAUAGAUCGUUGAUUGCCUCUUAAUAUUUAUUCUGUGCAAUUGGCGCCUCUAUCGAUACGAUCUUUUUUUUUAUCUCAGGCAAAUGGUUAUCUCAAAAUUAAAGAAUAUUUUACAUUGCAGAGAGAAAGUACCAAGAUAUUUAAUUGGUGUAAUUAAUUCAUACAUGUCACUAAUCGGUAUCAAAAUAUUUGUUUGUCCCCAUUAGUGACAACCUCGAUAAAUAUGGUGAAAUGAUAUAAAUGUUCUCAUUUUUAAAAAGAACACAUGUGUGAUUUGUAAAUCUUAUUUUCUAUGGAGUCAAAAAACAGCAUUGAUUUUAUAACUUAUCUGUCCAGAAUUUAUUAAAUAAAAUAAAUAUGAGUCAUUAGUCUAUAAAUUGCUAUGUUUAAUCAAUAAUAGAUUAAGUCAGUAAUAUACUCAUAAUUUUAUCGAUUUGUGAUAAUCAUAUAACGCUUAUACUUAUUAUUUUGUAUUAAACAAUGUAUAUAUUUUUUAUUUUCACUGAGACUAUUUGUUGAGAUUCAUAUUACGUCAUUAACAACGUCAUAUUACGUUGAAGCAAAACUAAACUGUUGUAUCAUUAAAUGGCACAUCAAUUACUCUUGAGAAAACAUAUAAAUUUAUAAAUUAUAAAUAAAUAUUAUAAAUAAAGUAGAAUCUUUCCAUAAGUUAGAAAAAUAUAACGCUCUUGAUGCCCCAAAUAUUCAAGCUUUCAAACAAAAUCGAUUUUACGUAUGACACAAAAUGUAUACAAAACAAUAUAUACAAAAAAUUAAAUUUGCUUUCCGGAUUUGAGCCGAGUAGAUUCUUCUUUAUCUGAUUCCGACGUUUCGCGAACAUUUCAGUCUGUUUCAUCAGGGAGGAAUGACUCGAUGCGAAACGUCGGAAUCAGACAAAGAAGAAUCCACGCGGCUCAAAUCCGGAAACCAAAUCUAAUAUUUAUGGACAUCGCGAGAGCCUCAAAUAUCAUAUACAGAAAAUGUUUAUAUUUUGCAUAAAGACUCAGUCUAGAUGCUAUGUUGUCGUAGAGUCAAGGGUAGCCCUUCGUGUCAUACAAUCGAUUUUGCCAAUGUGCAAAAUAUAUACAAAGAAAUGUAUUUCUCUAUUGUCACGAUAAGACUAUUUGCUGGGAUUCACCUUACGUCACAAAUUAAAACAGAACUAAAUCUCAUUAAAUGAUACGUUACCGAUAUUUUGAAGAGGAAGUAUUGUAAAAAAGGAAGAUGUUCCCAUAAAUUAGAAAAAUAUAACACUAUUGAAAUUCCAAGUGUUCAAGCUUUCAAACAAAAUCGAUUUUGCGUUUUACUCUGCUUAACACGCACAUUAUUAAGUCACGCUGGACAACAAUAAAAAUGCUUAUGAGGUAAAAAUGUUCAAUCCUGAAUGACUUUAACGUGCUGAACACGAUUACCAUCAUAAAAAGUUUUAAUUGGCUCUCAUUUAGAAAGUAAGUUCAUGCGGUCCGUAAUAAAGGUAGUAUUACAUAAUACAUCUAUACUGUAUUAUAAUAUUAUAUUUCGAAAAUGCUUAUUUGCACUCAUUGCAUGAAAAUCAUGCCGUACAUAAUAUUGAUACCGUACGAUGUUUUGCAUAUUUUAGACAUAUUUCGAAAACGAAAAAUCAUAUCGAUACGAAAUCAAGUGCAUUCUAAAGAUAAAUGAUACUUUUGCGUAGCAUUAAUGAAAUUUAGGGAAAAAAUUUGCUGUCAGUCUUAUAACCAGGAAGACCCUCAAAAUGACCGUUUUUAACAUUUCUAUUGCCAUUUUUCUCAAAAUUGUGAUCCAAUACCCAAAUUUGUAGAACGGAUUCGUGUUCAGUAGGCAAAAAUACAUCGGGAACGAUUAUUCUCAUUAGUGAGGCAAAGAAAAUAUCAAAUUUUGUUGACCAGUGUCAUUAAUUUAUUUUCGCAAUGAGGUCACUUGGUCACUAAUUGGGACGCACAUUCGCCACAAAUAUUAAAUUAAGAGUUCGCGCAUCAGACUAAGAAUGAUGUCCCGUCAGUUUGUUCGUCACAUGUCACACUGUGCGACGUCGAGCGAUCGAUGUUGACCUUCCGAGUUCGCCGAAACGCGCCCGGUGCGUUAAUUGUAACACCCGCCGUGCGUUCGAUAUUGCCGCGUAAUCGCGAUUUCGUCGCGUGCUGUUAAAAUCGCGGAGAGAAAGAAAUCGCACGACGGCGAUGACGGGACGCCUUUGAUAACGGUUCUCGCUUAUCCGUCGGUAUUCGCACGACAAGAUGCAAAUCGCACGCGCCGCAAGCUUCGCCGUCUAAAAUGCAAAUUAGCCCUAUGUAAAUACGUUGUAAGAAGGGUCGCUUAUACGGCCUUUAACGCCCGCGACUCUCGCCCUUCCGGGCUGCCGUCGCGCUGCUGGUGCUGUUUCAGCAACCCCCUUCUCGUCCGCUGGAUUCCUCGUCGUUGAUGCAUCUUUUCAUGCGCCCGCGGAACGCCGCGUAUAGUCCCGGGAACAGCCUCAUUAUCAUAACGCAACCUUAACGAGCUCGCGCCUUAUUUAUUCUCGCGCCUCGUCGCCGAGCAGCGAGCGGGACGAUUCCACCGUCGUGUCGAAUCUUUCCUUUUCCACUUCGCGAUUGAUCGGCGCUCGCGGCUAGCAAACGCCGCGCGCGCGUGUGUACUCCACGCGAAAUAUGCGUAGCAUUGUAAUGGCUCAUUAAUGACAAAAUAUUAAUAGAGAGCGGCGGUACUGCGUGGAGGGCAAAUAUUUACCGUAAAUGCCUACAAUUAACGUUCAUUCCGCACUGCCGCUCUCCAUUAUUGUCUCGCACAUUACGUCCAUUAUCAGUAAUGUGCGCGUUUGCGAAUUGUCAUUUGUGAAUGUCGCGUUGUUGGUCGCGUUCGCGGGCUGACUGAAGGAAACGGACGUGUUACAAUUCUUUGGAUCCGUGUCAACUGUCGUUGUCUUGAAACUUUUCCCGCGUGAGAUGCUCGAAUUUGUCACGGAGGAAACACUUCGGGGCUAUCGCUUGGCUAAACAGCACGGUUGCUGCAACCAAAUAUUGAUGUUAUUUUCGCCGAUGCACAUACAAAAAGGUCGUAGAAACCAUAGUGUUCUGGCAUAUUGGCCUUUUUGUUGUCUGUUCGUUUGAGCGGAACUCUCAGUGUGCGCAAAUAAACCCUACGGAUCCCUCAACCAACUCGUGUUCAUUCUGCACUCCGUAACAGAGCGACAGUAAUAUUUUUUCGGUUGAAGACAUUAUAUACGAUGUCCUAUUUUGUCAUGAAAAGUUUAAAUAUUUCCACUGCUAUUAAUUGAACAACGAUGACCAUACUGCAGGUCUAAGUGUUUUUAAACACACGUAAGAAGCGUGUAAUUUAGCUAAGGCUCUUUUCGCACAUUUCUCGCUGUUUUCAGUCGCGUCAUUUAACACAUUUACGACGUGUAAUUUAUAAUUUAAUACGUUUUAACGUGUUAAAUGGCUUAAAACGGUAAAAAACGUGUAAAAAGAGACUCAACCAAAAUAAUGCACUUGGAUCUGCAGUGUAUUUGGCCCAUUAUAGCUCAAAAUGAUGUAUAUUAUGAUAGCAAAAUAAUGUUUUAGUCAAAGUCAUAUUAAAAUUGAUACUAGUUGAACAUUAUAUAACAGGAGUGAUUUUUAAUGCAAUAUCUAUUUAUCUAUUUAUCUUGAUUUAUCUUGAAUUUACGCAUAAAAUUCUUUAUUAAUUAUACAAAAUGUGGUUGUAGUAACCAUAGCAGUUUUCCCCGUGGAAAGUUAGAUUUGAGUUUUCCAGUUGUAUCGAAUAAUAUAUGUAAGAUUAUGUUUGUAAUCGCAAUUUUCAAGUGGGAAGAAUUCAAGAGAUAAAUUUACAUCUAACUUAUAUUCAAUUCUGAAAUUGUCUUAGUAGUUGUCACUUAUCUUAUGUGAGAUACUCAGAUUUUUCUUCAGAAUUAGAUCCAACUUUCUCAGUUGAAUUAUGUGAUAUAUAUUGUAUAAUCGCAAUUGAAAAACUGUCAUCUAAUUCUGAACUAAAAUCUAAGCAUCUCAUUUGAGAAAUUGACGAAUUUAAUUUCUCAAUUAAGGAAUUCCAAGUAACUAUUAACACGGUCCUAUCUCACUUGUGACAAGUUUCAAGUAACGACUGUUGUUACCUUAACUGUGUUAACUCUUAAUUGGUUUCCUGAAAACUCGAAUCUCUCGAGCCGCUUAAGCCCGAUCUAGAAUGUGCUCUCUUGUUCUUUGUCUUUUUCUGUCUUAAAGCUUAAUAUGUGAAUCGGAAAGAAACAAGAAGAGGAAGAAAGAGGAAGCAAGGGACGCAUUGUAGAUUGAGAUUGACAGCGGGCAGCGGUUGUGACGGACGAGAUCGUGGAAGCGUCGAGGAACUCGCGAACUUUCGCUUGCAAUCUCGCAAGAUUUCGUCGCACGUUUCACAUUGCGCUCCUCUUUGCACCUCGGCAUUAAUUAGUCUAUUCUCGUUGAAGCAAACUUGUUCGGAGUGCCUGAUAUCAUGUGACGGGAAACGCCCGCACGUAUGUACGCGCAACUUCACGUCGUCACAAAUUUACAUAUUGCACGUAUCCUCCGCGAUACGCGCUGCCGAGAAAGCGACGCGUAAUGUUGCAACGCGAGUUUGCGUGUACGUAGAAUUAUGUCUUGCCAGGAAAGUGAGAACAGAGUCGCGACGCUGCGAAACGAACUGUUCGCGAUUCCUCUUCGCGAGAUAUCGCAAAUCUGCGAGUAUAUUAUUUGCAAAAGUUCUUGAUCCGUUCGGCGUUUCGUACUUUGAGGAACCGCUCUGUCGGUGUGACUCAUACGUUCUUUUAUAGUUUGCAUUUACAUAAAAAUAUCCACACCGCGAUUUUACUUCGAACGACCAAGUGGCGCGUUUACACGUACUGUGCCGUUGCUUUGCGUUAAACAAUGUAAUUUUUUGUAUGUAAGACGAGAUGGGAGUGAUGUGUGUACGAGAUGGUACUUGUAUCUAUGAGAGAGAGAGAGAGAGAGAGAGAGCGUGAGAAUGCGUAUUGUACUGAGACGUUUUUAUUGUAAGUACAAUCCAUAAGCACCUGUAAAUAUCGCUGUACUAUAAAUAAUCCGUGUAUAUCCGUCGAUUCGAAUUCUUUUCUGACUGCGAAUCGCACGUUUUUACAUUAAGAUAAAAGUACCAAUUCCCGGGCACAUACCUAAUCCUAAAUAUUUUCAUUAUUUUGAUUUUGAAAUACGAAUGUUUAAACUUUCAACGAAGAAUGAAUCUUGAGAUAUAACAUUAUAUAGGAUAUUCUAUUUUGUGACGCUACAGAUUGCUUACUUGUGUUUUGCUGAGACUCGAAGAAAGACUUAUCUAAAAAUGUUCUAAUACACAUUACAUCUCAUUUCAAUAACUUACAUUAACAUUAAAGCUUAAAAAACGACUUAAGAAUUGUUUAUUAAUUUUUAAGAAUAAUUAAAAGAAUAAUUAUUUGAAUAAUUUACUAUUUUUAACAUCUAAAGAUUUUAUUUCGGAAUGUCUCAAUACUCAGUACUUGUAUAUAUAUUUUAUACUAUAAAAGUUUACAUACAUAUAUCUUAUAAAUCCAGUUAAAAACAAUAAGAAUGUCCAGGAUUGGAUACAUGUCCGGGCAUUGGUACUUUUAUCUUGCAUCUCGUGGCAUCACGCGUUGAUUUGGAACGGCGAUUUCGUGGUAUUGUUACCACGCGACAACAAGUGUGCGAGACGACAGUAUGUGAAAUGCACUCACGUGUGAGUUCACAGCGUGACUUCAUAUUUUUGUUACGAACCGCAGGCGAUUUCGCACGCGCCGCCGCGCGGCCCAAUCGCCGUCACGGUGAAUGACACGGAGGUCCGGGACACGCCGUCGUCCGUUGGUAUUCGGAGCGACUCCGGUUUCUCGAAACGUAAGAGAUGAAUGUUUUCAAUUUGUGUAACUCUAUCCCUCGAAUGAUUUACAAUUAUAAUAAAUAACUUACGAAAAACGCAA